CAAACUGCUUCACCUCAUUUGCUUCGCGUUCUGCAGGGAACAGCGGGAAGAACUUCACAACGACAACAGAGUGAAAUAACCACAACUGCAUCGUAGUCUCGUAGUCAAAGCGUUUCGCUUUAGUCAAAUCCUUCAAGAUGGAUAACAUCCAGGAUAUUGCAAAGGGGGUGACCAUCAAGGGUUUCAAGGCGGUCACCAAGAAGGGUUUCAAAGGGGCGGGAAAAAUGAUGAAGACGAACAAGAAGGCGACUCCCAAAAAAUAUGCGGGAAAGGGAUUGAACACGGCGGAGAGAUUUACCGCUUUCGUUGGCAGCAGGAGGAACAAGGGAAAAAACACGGAAGACGAUGACUACCUUGACGGAGACGAAGAGGAGGAGGACUACUACAACGGCGAGGAAGAGGACAUGUACAACGGAUACAACGACGAGGUUUCAAUGACCAAAGCCAAUCACAUCCUUACAUCCAAGGGGACCCACCGCCUCAAUCGGAUCCUGAGAAAGUCCAACAACGAGGAAGAGGACUUUAACCCCAACAACUUUUCCGGAAUGGACGAYGGGGCGCAAAAGAUUCAAAAACUCGAAGAUCCGCGAAACCCCGAAGAAGUCUCGAGGUUUGUUGCCAAUGUCGUGCUCCCUUCCCUUCGGGUAGACCAGCGAUCCAUUGGCGGAACGCUMRUAACCCUCRCCAACGAGUACCCCGAGAGCAUGGUCCAGGAAUCUCUUUUGUGUGACAAAUGCAAGUCCUUUGAAUUGACGGGGGACGAUCACAUCUCGGUUUCGUGCCUGGAAAAUCCAGCAACCUACGCGAAACACAAACGAUCACUGGGUCUCUUUGGAAAGGGGAGCAAGGGGCGUAACAAGAUCCAUUACGUGGUUGUAGCGAGGUCAACCAACCUUCCUUUGCUUCCGUCGAACCAAAUGAGCCACGAAGACGACACUGGUGGCCAAGGCGCUGCGGAAGCAGGGUACGACAAGAUGUUCGCGUCCGGAGACGACGAAGACCUCGGCGUAAUUUACGAGGGCGGAGAAGAAGGCAACCCCGUCGAUGGCGAGCGCCAGGGGCCGGAGGGACCGGACGAAGAAGCCCAAAACCCCGAUGCCGACCCGCAACGACCGGCUGCCGCGGAUGGAGGAGCGACCGAACAAGGGGUUGCAGAAAUUUCUUCGUUUCCCACCCUGGUAUGCCUCACACUCAACAACGACGGUGCCAAUCCCGACAUUCGGAAGCUUAUCGGAUUGGAUCAGCUGACUACCGUGCAAGACGUGACAGCCACCGUGGUUCAGCUUGCCUUUCAGAACGGAGACACGAUUCGAUUCGAUUUCAGUGAGGAMGACGAGGCCAAGGUGGUAGAAGCCGGCCUGAUGAAAGAACGCUUCAUUUGGUCCCUGCUGCAGAUUCACGCAAUGCUCUGUGUUUCGGUUGUCGAGAGAAGUUCUCUCGCCAACGCAAWCAACAGAGAACUCCUGCCCCCUCUCAACAUCCGAAACCUAGACAGAGCUGAGUUGCAGUACGUUGCCACGGUCAACAACUUUCUGAAGAACGAUGCAGCUCUCUGUGCCCUSUUGGACCGCCAGCGGGUCCUGGCGACGGAAAGCCACGACGGGCCGGUGAAAGAAGAUCGCGAAGAYGGAGAAGAAAAAAGCGGAGACGUACGAGACGGAAUGACCUACGAUCUCAUGAUGGGAAACUUUGCGACCCGCGUUGCCAUCUUUCACUCYGCCGACGAGCGAGCGGAGGCCGAGGAAAUUCUGAACUCGACCGAAUGGACUUUGUCUCUCAGCAGUGACGAAGGUGCAGCGGCCAAUGCUGCAGAGAGACUGUCCAUGGUUUUGCAGAGGAGAAUGCGCGACUUGGAGGCGGAAACAUGCAGGAGACUGAUUGCCUGGGAAGACGAGAAGCAUUUCUCGGUGACCGGCCAAGCGGGGCUGUUCGCGCAGAGUGCGAAUCGAGAUACAGUAGAUGCGUUAUCCCUGGCCCACCUCUUCACGACCCUGGAAUCUCUAGACAGAGAGCUGCUUGAAAUGGAGAAUUGGCUCGAAGACAGGGUCUUGGCYAUCAAGCCACUCACCGAUGAUUGCCGUGACAUCGAAGAAGAGAACCGGCAACUUGAACAGCAAUGGAAAUCAUAUGAUCUGCUUGGAUCCGAAAUGCGUCGCUUAUUGAAGGGACUCGUUAUCGACGAAGAUCUCGAACUUAUCCUUGGAAAUCCCGCMGGAGCUCUGGUGUACGACGAAGCUGGCAACAUCCAGGUGGAAGAGAGCGAAGAGGGUGUGGACAGAGUCUAYGAUGCCGGCAAGGCGCUUCAAGAGGCAACCGAACACGCCGAACAAGCCGGAGGACUCCACCUUAUCGCGGUAAGCGAACGAGUCGAAGCCCUUGCCCAGGCUUCCGAAUUCUUUUGCACUUCUCUGGCUCAGAUUAUUGUGACCAUCAUGGAGCAGUUCAAGACGGAAGUAGUAGCUUCGAGUGACCACGGGAAGGUUUCCAAGCAAGACACCCAUUCGAUCAUUGCGAAGAAGAUUCGUGAUACCCAGCGCAAAUUUCAGAGCUCUCUCCUCGGGUACAUCAAACUGAUCGAAGUCCUGGCUUURCUCAGUCCCAAACUCCUCCCCGCCAUCCGAGACGCUUAUUCCGAGAUGGUAGCAGAGGGCAUCCUAAUGAAGAAACGAAUGAAAGGUUACUUUCAGGCGUUGCCUGGAAGAAAUGCCGCAUAUUUGAACAAUGUGUCGAAAGAUCUGAAGAAUUACUCUCCAUACGAAUCUGGAAGCAAUGAGAUGACGGUUAACGCGCCAGAYAUUCGGUACGCCCUCAGCGAAUUGCUUCCUGUUGUGGCGAGAGAAGCCUAUUUCACAGCGGCUCUUUUUGGACUCUCAAGCAAAGCCAAAGAUGGCCGGGAAAAGAAACGCAACUUUGAAGCGGCGAAAAAAAGCGUGGACCACUCGACACAAUACUUCCGAUAUUAUAUUCAGCGAACUUGUGGAAUUGUCGAAGACAGCGAYAAGGACCCCACUCUGUUGGAACGAACAGACCCCAUGCUAUCGCUUGUUUCGUCUAUCCAUCUGAACGAAGCUAUGGAAAAUUAUAUCGAUCGCGAGAAGAAAGGCGGAGACCACUCGCUGUCUCUGGCCUACGUUCGAGCCACGAUCCUAGACCUGCGUAAAAAAGUUGAUAAACAAUGGGUGGCCUGGGUGGAACGGCAAAUCGAAUGGAUUCGUGGCAAUCCGGGAGUCCCAGCGAACGGAAAGAGAGCCGGAAUCUUUCCCGCUUUUGCAAGAUUCCCUUGCUACAUCGACCAUAUUCUCAUUUGCUGCCGCGAGGGCAGAAGCGAUAAUUUUACGCCGGAUUUGUCGAGUAUCAAGGUUGUGAGCUACUAUCUGCAAAAAAUUGCAACUGCUCUAUUGGAAAGUCUCCGGAUAUGCGCAGAACAGGAAACAACCGAUCAGCAGUACGCGGCCAGUGUCAUGCAAAUGGAAAAUAGUUAUUUCUUCACCCAAUCAAUAAAAAACCGGGGAGGUGAAAUUGCUGCUCUAUUUCAGAAACAAAUUACCAAAGCCAACGCGGUUUGCAAAUCAAGUACGGAUGCGUACCUUGGGUGGAUGAUCAAGCGAGAAUUUAAGAGUCUCCAUGCUCUUUUCUCGAACAUAUCAAAGAUUAGAAGGGAGGUUGGCGACAGAGAUGUCGCCAUGCAUGUCCCAAAAGCUACUUUCAUCAGAACCUUAACGAAGGAGUCGAAUAGAGAGACCAUGAAGGAAAAGAUCGCAAUUAUAUAUUCAAGGAUGGAAAAGCAUCUCUCGGAAGAAGGGGGAUUACUGCCCGUCGCCUGGAAAGCCCUCGUCAAGGUUCUAUACGAGUGGUUUGGAAGAUGGGAAAAGCUAAGUUCUCAGAUCUAUAAACAUGUAUUAGAUCCUAGUGCUGUGGAUGUCGUUCGAAUUGCAAAGGCUGCCGGAGCAAGCAAUCGCCAGGAUGAUCGAAUGGGCGGGCGAAUGGCRGCGAUGGAAGCUCGCAAUAGUGGAAAUGCUAGAGAUACUAGCAUGGCACAGUUUUAAUUCGUCGUCGAAACGAAAAGGARUCCGCUUCUAGUUYUUCACCCUUGURCAUUCUUUUUGGUACUGGUACUWAUGGUUCCUUGCUGUCUAAGUCUAAAGCAUG